CAGGUGGAAGAGAGAGAAACUCGGGUGAGAGGAACCAGUAAUUUCAAGAGUUAGUUGCACAAAAAGGGACAGUUUUUCCCUCCCUUUAAUCCCUCACUUCCAUUGCUUUUUUAAUAAUAAUUCCUCUCGCAUUUAUUUCCCACACAACAAAAAAUAAAAAUAAAGAUUGUGAAACUCUUUCCCUUUCUCCACCACCACCACCCCAGAGCCACCGCCGCCGCUCAGAAAAUGACAAUGGCGUCUAGGCUUCUGCUCCCCCUCCUCCUCCUCAUCCCCCUCCUCCCUCCCGCCGAACCUAAGCUCUCCGUCGACUACUACAAAAAAACAUGCCCCAACUUCGCUAAGAUCGUCCAGGACGUGGUGGUGGAGAAGCAGCUCGCCGUCCCCACCACCGCCGCCGGCGCCCUCCGCCUCUUCUUCCACGACUGCAUAGUCGGCGGAUGCGACGCCUCCCUCCUAAUCUCCUCCAACCCCUUCAACCGCGCCGAGCGCGAUAACGAGGUCAACCAAGCACUCCCCGGGGACGCCUUCGACGUGGUCAUACGCGCCAAGACAAAGCUCGAGCUCGAGUGCCCGGGCAUCGUCUCCUGCGCCGACGUCCUCGCCGAGGCCACCCGCGACCUCGUCUCAAUGGUCGGCGGCCCCUACUUCCCCGUCCGCCUCGGCCGCAAGGACAGCGUGGAGUCACGCGCCACCGACGUCGAGGGCCACAUCGCCCUCCCGAACAUGUCUCUCACGCAUAUCAUCGAACAGUUCUCGUCCAAGGGCUUCUCCGUCCAGGAGAUGGUCGCCCUCACCGGGGCCCAUACCAUCGGGUUCUCCCACUGCUCUGAGUUCGCCAACCGAAUCUACAACUUCAGCAGCACCGCAGACUACGACCCCACCAUGAACCCCGACUACGCGCAGGGGCUCAAGAAGCUCUGCGCAAACUACAAGAACGACUCCACCAUCGCCGCAUUCAACGACCCCAUGACCCCCGGAAAAUUCGACAACAUGUACUAUCUGAACCUGCAGAAGGGCGUCGGACUGCUGGCCAGCGACCAAAUUAUGGCCUCCGAUCCAAGAACGAAGCCGUUCGUCGAUCUUUACGCGGCGAACCAGUCGGCAUUUUUCGAGGCAUUUGCUCACGCGAUGGAGAAAGUGAGCGUACACAAUGUGAAGACGGGGAAGAAGGGAGAGGUUCGGAGGAGGUGCGACGCGCCAAAUACACUCCAAGGAAGUUAAAAAUUGUUAAUAAAAUUUUAUGGUAUUAUUAUUAAUAUUAUUAUUAUUGUUCUUUAAGUAUAUAUAUAUAUAUAUAUAAAAUAUAGAUGAUUUGUGAUGAAAAUAUUUUAAAUUAUGUUUGGAAAUUUUUUAUUGGAGAUGUUAAGACUAAAGUGGUGGGAUGUUUUAUAAUUAGGCGCGUGCAUUUUAAUUAAUAUAUAAUAUUAUUUACUGUAUUUAUUUUUUUGGUUACAUAUAAGAUGGAGAGGGAAGAAAAUAGUUGAAAAUAUGUUAUUAUUUUGUAAGAUGUUUGGCUUAAUCUUAAUUCAAAGAGUUUCGCAAGGUUGUUCUGGUAAUUUCACUGUGGAAAAAUUAACAAUGUUACAUAAUUGCACACUCUUGUUUGGUAAACACCAACCAACUGUUACAAAGUAAGAAACCAGAGGGGUUUCAAAUGCAAUAAAAAAAAAGAUUCGAAUUUGAAUGAGAUGUUCAAUGUACAAAAAA